AUGGCUAGCCCCACCGAUAAUAAUGAGGGUUUCUUCUCAGAUGUCAGGAAGGUGGGUUACUUGCGCAAACCCAAGAGCAUGCAUAAGCGCUUCUUCGUGCUGAGAGCAGCCAGUGAGUUGGGACCCGCCCGGCUGGAGUACUAUGAGAACGAAAAGAAAUGGAGACACAAAUCAGGGGCCCCCAAGCGCUCUAUUCCUCUGGAGAGUUGCUUCAACAUAAACAAGAGGGCAGAUUCCAAAAAUAAGCAUCUGGUGGCUCUCUACACCAAGGACGAACACUUUGCCAUUGCUGCUGACAAUGAGCUUGAGCAAGAAAGCUGGUAUCAGGCGCUGCUGCAGUUGCACAACCGUGCCAAGAGCCAUCACCACCACCACCACCAGCACCACCACCAUCACCACCACCACCACCACCGAGAUGUCACGGUGGGAGGUGGGACUUUGGGAAUGGGAGAGGCAGGGGAGGAUAGCUAUGGUGAUACAGCUCCUGGCCCAGCAUUCAAAGAGGUCUGGCAAGUGAUCCUGAAACCAAAGGGGCUGGGCCAAACUAAGAACCUGAUUGGAAUCUACCGCCUGUGCCUAACCAACAAGACCAUCAGUUUUGUCAAGCUAAAUUCUGAUGCGGCAGCUGUUGUGUUGCAGCUGCUCAACAUCCGGCGGUGUGGCCAUUCGGAGAAUUUUUUUUUCAUUGAGGUGGGGCGCUCUGCUGUCACGGGACCAGGUGAGUUUUGGAUGCAAGUAGAUGACUCAGUAGUAGCACAGAACAUGCAUGAGACCAUCUUGGAGGCUAUGCGGGCAAUGAGUGAGGAAUUUCGGCCUCGUAGCAAAAGCCAGUCGUCUUCCAAUUGCUCCAAUCCCAUAUCUGUGCCUCUCCGCAGCAGACAUCAUGUCAACAACCCACCCCCCAGCCAGGUGGGACUUACUCGUAGGUCCAGGACUGAAAGCAUAACUGCCACUUCUCCUGCUGGCAGUGGUGUGGGAGGAGGGAUUGGAGGCAGACCCAGCUCUUUCCGUGUCAGAGCCUCUAGCGAUGGAGAAGGUACCAUGUCUAGACCAGCUUCAGUGGAUGGAAGUCCGAUGAGUCCAAGUGCCAACCGAACCCACUCACAUAGGCACCGUGGCAGCUCCAGGCUUCAUCCUCCUCUCAACCAUAGUCGCUCCAUCCCAAUGCCUUCCUCACGCUGUUCCCCUUCUGCCACUAGUCCAGUCAGCCUGUCAUCCAGCAGUACCAGUGGCCAUGGGUCCACUUCAGACUGUCUUUUCCCACGUCGAUCCAGUGCAUCAGUCUCUGGCUCUCCCAGUGAUGGAGGUUUCAUCUCCUCUGAUGAAUAUGAAUCAAGCCCCUGUGACUUCCGCAGCUCAUUUCGCAGUGUUACCCCUGAUUCCCUGGGACACACCCCUCCUGCUCGGGCAGAUGAGGAGCUUAGUAACUAUAUAUGUAUGGGGGGGAAGGCUGCCUCAUCCUGCUGCAGUAUCACAACUCCUAAUGGUCAUUUUGCCCCCCGCACCUGCCAUCUGCAGCAGCAAAGUCGCUACCCUGCUGUCCCAUGUUGCCUCCGGCUUGGAAAUGAGGAUGUAGGAGAUUUGGAAAAAGGCUUCAGAAAGCGGACUCAUUCUGCUGGAACCUCUCCUACCAUCUCCCAUCAGAAGACUCCUUCACAGUCCUCAGUGACCUCCAUUGAAGAGUAUACUGAGAUGCUUCCUUCGUAUUCCUGUAGUGGCAACAAAUUUUCUUCUUAUCGACAUUCUGCCUUUGUGCCAACCCAGUCUUACCCUGAGGAGUGUCUAAAGAUGCACCAGGUGGAGGGAAACCACCACCGGACCAACUCUGAUGAUGGCUACAUGCCUAUGUUGCCAGGAGUGGCACCUAUGCCCAGUGGAGGUAGUACACCCAAAGGUGGAGAUUACAUGCCAAUGAGCCCCAAGAGUGUGUCUGCUCCACAACAGAUCAUCAAUCCUGGGAGAGGAGGUCGCCAUGUGCAGGCCACAGUGGACUCAAAUGGCUACAUGAUGAUGUCUCCCAGUGGCAGCUGUUCUCCAGACAGUGGUCCCACUGGCUACAGCAAGCUAUGGAUAAAUGGGACUAAUAAUCAUACAAAACUCUCAGUAGAGAGUAAUGAGGGCAAGCUGCCAAGUGGAGGCAGUGAUUAUAUUAAUAUGUCUCCAGCCAGUGGUUCUGCUACCAGCACCCCUCCAGACUGUUAUUUUACCAGCCCAGGACCUCCAGGCCCAGAAGAACCACUAGUGCAUGGUUCUACCCAGUCCCAAAAUAAGCCCAUCUAUUCCUAUUUCUCCUUGCCACGUUCCUUCAAGCACAACCAACGCAAGACCGGCAAAGAAGAAAAUGCCCAGAUGCAUAUGUCCUUCAGCUCUGGCCGCUUGCUUUAUGCUGCUGCUGAGGAUUCUUCUUCCUCUACUAGUAGUGAUAGCCUUGGCUGCCCUGGGGGACAGGAGAGUGGUGGGUAUUCUCUUCCCAUUAAAACACAGCCAUUACAGCCUGCUGCUUGUACUGUGGACACAGCUGUGCGGACCAAGAAUCAUCUGGCCAGACCUACUCGUUUAUCCCUGGAUGGCCCAAAGGCCAGCACCUUGCCUCGCACUCGGGAACAGCUCCCAGAGCCCAAGAGCCCUGGAGAGUAUGUGAACAUUGAGUUUAAGCAACCAGUCUUCCCCUCACCUUUAUCCUAUGUAGAGACUGGCUCCUGUUCAGAGGAGUAUAUCAAUAUGGAUUGGGGAACUGCUUGCCCAGUCAGCUUGGCCUCCAUGCAGUCAAGCCGGAGUGGGACCACCCACAGCAGCAACCGGGACUAUAUGAGCAUGCAACUGGGUGGUGGAGCACAGUAUGUAGUCUGUGCCCACUCUCCAUCACCUUCUUCCCCAGCCCUCCUGCUGAGUUAUUCUGAGAAAAGCCCACCACCCAUGCAGCUGCCUUCGCCACCUUCUCAGGCUCAGCCAAGCAAACUGGCUGAGAUUUUACCCCAUUCCUGCUCCUCGUCUAUGAUUGGGGGCCCAGGAGCGAACAGCGCCUUUACACAUGUCAGUCUUGCUCCCAGUCGCAGCACCCAGAGUGCCAAAGUGAUACGUGCUGACCCCCAAGGAGGUCGGCGGCGCCAUAGUUCUGAGACGUUUGCUUCUUCUGUCACUCCUAGUAGUAGUCUUGGAGCUUCGGCUCUACUCCAUGGACCAGGAGGACCUGAUGAUCCAAAACGUCACAGUUCAGCCUCCUUUGAAAACGUCUGGCUCAAACCUGCAUCUGGGGCACUGGGAGUUGUUUCUUUGGGUCUUGGCACGGCAUCAUGGAGGGAGCAAGGAGCUAGUGGAACUGGGGGAGGCUUUGAGAAUGGGCUUAAUUACAUUGACCUGGACUUAGUGAAGGAUUUUAACCACAGCCAACAUCACCAUCGCAAUCUCCACCCUCAGGAGAGUACUGGUCUGCUAGGAGUCAAACAACCAUCCCAGCAGCAUCAGCCACCUAAAUCUCCAAAGCAGCCUUGUGGGAGUAACCACUUGAGUGAUGAAUUAAGUGCAUAUGCCAGCAUUAGCUUCCACAAGCAGGAGGACAUCCAGUAGAAGGCGGAAACAAGAAUGAUGACCUAUACAACCUCAGAAAAACUUCUUCUUUGAAUUCAUGGGUAUCCACACUUGGUUUUGUGUAUCACAACUAGGACCUCAGUCUUCUUCCCCAGUAGAUGGGUACGAUGCAUCCAGUUCAAUUUGUUUACUUUACACAAACCUCAGGAGUUAAUUAACUGAACUGCACAUUCUCUUUCUUUUUUAAAAAUAUUUUUUGUUUGUGUGUGCCAUGCAAAAGCACUGUGACACCUGGACAAUGAGUCUAUGAUUGCUUCCUCCUUUAUCAUAGAGAUUUAACUGGCAACAGUAAACCUAUGUGCCCACCACUAUAAUAUAGUGAGAGUGGGUAUACUUCUAGCUCAUCUAUGUAAAACAUAAAUUUUUAAUUUGCUGCUGAAAAACCUGUAUGACAAAUCAUAAGUGUAAAUUAUUACAUACAAACUGUUAAUGUUGGUUGAAGAGUAUUAAAUAUUUAACAUAGGUUUUUGAUUUAUACAUGUACUUUUUUAAUUAAAAUGUAACUUUUCCUACAGCACAUCCUUUUUGAUGUGGAACUGAGGUAUACUAUAUUCUGUUAUAAACAGAGUGGGAUGGGUGGGGGAAAUUGCUUAAAAAAAGGCAUUUUAAGAAUAGCUUAGGGUACUAUUCUUUUUAAGAUUGUAAUUCAGAAUAUAUUAUAUGGAUCAAUGGCCCAUGAACCUGGAUGUAUAGUCAUAUUUACUGAUAUCAUCAAUAAUUACAAUUCAGCUGAAUUCUUUAAAAAUAUAAUAUUUUUUAUUCUUCCUGUGAAACAUUAUGAAAAGGCGAACUUAUUUGUGCAUGGUAUUUGCAAGUGUGAAUUUGAAAUUGUUGGUUGCACAGGAACGUAGACAAUAUCAGAAAAAUAAAGCUAAGUCUUCCAUUGUACGUAUGUAUGUGUGUGCACACCAGCGUGCCCCUAUAUGUGUGUGUGUGUGUUUAUAAAAUUAUAUGUGUGUGUGUAUAGGUAUGUGUGUAUAUAUACAUACACACACAUAUAUAAAUACAUAGAAAGUUAUAUAGGUACAAAGAAAAACAUCUGAAAUAUUGGCAAAUACUUCAAAUGAAAUUAUUCCUGGAAUGAAAUAUGUGGGCCUUUGUAAAUUCUGGAAAUCUCUUUCUAUACAUAAUAAACUAGGAACUGUUUUAUCUUUAUUUAUCCUACUUCAUUGGUUUUCUCUUUACACCCAAUCAAUA